AUGAUAACUAAGGAGCACUUCUUCCUCCUUCCAUUGAGGCACGACCAUAGCAACGGAGGGCAGCUGGAAGUUUUUGUGCGCGAGCUCGUGCUCUCCAAGAACAAGGACAGGGCAGACCUGCCCUCGUUGGUCUUCCUGCAGGGAGGCCCAGGCUUCCAAGCAGGUCGUCCGGUGACCGCAGAGUCGGGUUGGAUGAAGAGGGCGCUAGAGGAGUACCGGGUCUUCCUUCUGGAUCAGAGAGGGACUGGACGCUCCUCUCCUAUUACCCACGAAACUUUGACCAUGAUGAAAGACCCUGGGGAGCAGGCGGAGUAUGUCUCACUGAUGCGAGCGGACAACAUAGUCAAGGACUGCGAGGAGAUCCGCAAGCUCGGACAAUCCUUCGGCGGCUUCUGCGUAUUGUCGUACCUUUCCCUCGCUCCCCAAGGGCUGAAGGAGGCGAUCAUCACCGGAGGCCUUGCACCGGCAGAUCCGAUCUUCUCCCCUGCUGCUGGACGUGAUGGACUUGCAGUUUACAGGGCCACCUACGACAGGGUGGCUGCGAGGAGCGAGAAGUUCUAUCUCAAGUACCCCCAGCACGUGGCGACCGUCCGGCAGAUCGUUGAGCUCCUUGACAAGGAGCCGCAGAGGUUGCCGGGAGGAGGAGUCCUCACUGCGAGAAGGUUCCUCCAGCUCGGGCUCUGCCUGGGCAGUGGGAGCGGGUUUGAGCACAUGCACUACCUGCUAGAAGACCCCUGGCUCCGCUCCUCCGACCCCUCAGCAGGAGGCAAGAGCUUCCUCAAGGCGGUGGAGGAUGAGAUGAGCUACGAAACGAAUCCCCUCUACGCCAUCGCCCACGAGACCAUCUACUGCUCGGGCGUUGGAGCGUCCAAGUGGUCAGCCCAGCGGAUCAUGCAGGAGAGGAAAGACUUCGACUACAAGGAGAAGCUGCGGGAUCCCAAGGGGAAGAUUUACUUCACUGCCGAGCACAUUUUCGACUGGAUGUACGACGACUACCUUCAUCUGCAGGGUCUCAAGCCGGUUGCUGCUCUCCUUGCGAGCAAGCAGCACUGGACGAAGCUCUACGACAAAGAGAGGCUGAACGCUUGUCAAGUUCCGACCGCAGCUGCGGUCUACUACGACGACAUGUACGUCGAGAGGAGACUGUCCGAGCAGACGGCGCAGGAAAUCGGGUGUCUGCCGGGAGCGGUUCCCAUCAAGACAUGGAUCACCAACGAGUAUCAGCACAGCGCCAUCCGUGACGACGGCUACAGAGUGCUGGAUGUUCUGCUGGGGAUGCUGAGAGGCAGCAAGCAGAUCCCUUCCUAG